AUGGAAAAUGCUUCCAAUUCUUCAGCGUUCCAUUCCACCUUAUCUGAAGGAGAAGACCUGAUUUUUGGAACAUUGUAUUCGCUUUUCGGCAUAGUGUCUCUCUUUGGAAACUGUCUCCUCCUCCUGGUAGCCUAUCGGAAGAGAGCCAUCCUGAAACCUGCUGAAUUCUUCAUUGUGAAUCUUGCCAUUAGCGAUGUGGGCAUGACUGUGAUCCUUUUCCCCUUGGCCACACCAUCCUUCUUUGCACACAGGUGGCUGUUCAACCAUGCCAUGUGUACCUUCUAUGCCUUUUGCGGAGUUCUCUUUGGCCUGUGCAGUCUCACCAGCCUAACAGCGCUAAGCACCGUUUGCUGCAUGAAGGUCUGUUAUCCGGCAUACGGCAAUAAGUUCUCUCCCACUUAUGCCGGGGCAUUGCUAGCGUGUGUCUGGGCUUACGCCCUCAUCUUUGCAGUGGCUCCUCUAGCUGACUGGGGCAGUUAUGGACCAGAGCCCUAUGGGACCGCUUGCUGCAUCAAGUGGAAAGCGUCAACCAGAGAAGCCAAGUUCUACAUCAUGGCUCUCUUUGUCUUCUGCUAUAUCAUCCCUUGCGUCCUGAUCAUCAUCUCUUACUCACUCAUCCUUUGGACUGUCAAAGUGUCCAGAAGAGCAGUAAAGCAGCACAUGUCGCCCCGGAGCAAGACCAACACUGUCCACAGCCUGAUUGUCAAGCUCAGUGUGUCUGUCUGCAUUGGGUUUCUGGCUGCUUGGACCCCUUAUGCCAUUGUUGCCAUGUGGGCCACCUUUGGAGAUGUCCGCCAGGUGCCGGUCCUGGCUUUCGCCCUGUCCUCCAUCUUUGCCAAGUCCUCUGCGACCUACAACCCUCUGGUGUACCUGCUGUUCAAGCCGAACUUCCAGAAGUUCAUUUCCAAAGACCUGUCCCUGUUGCACGCCAUCUGCACGGUCUUCUGCUGCAGCCGGCCGAGGGUUGUCGCCCUGCGGUCCUUCCACACGCGAGACGGCAGGGCUUCCGUGAGGCUCUCGAAGCCUUUCGCCGAACACCGCGGGUCCUGCAGGAAUUGCUCCGACACUUUCGAAUGUUUCCGCAACUAUCCCCGGUGCUACCGCCUGCCGCCAAAGGCCGACGCGACAUCCAAGACUAGCCCGCUGGUGAUUCUGUCAGGCAGGAGAGCUUGCAGGCCGAGUCUGAAAAGGACCAUGCAGGUCAUGGUGCUUGUGACGCGGAAGAAGACGGGGAUGGGGACUGUGAAUGUGGCAGGGGAUGUUCUGCCUGCCAAUAUUGUGAAAGAUCUUAUAUGAGCAUGGCGAGAGGCAAGGGUUGAAAGGCAGGGGUCGGCCCCUUUCUGCCUAGUCCAAUGGGAAUGUUUUACUACAGUAUCAAAAUCCA